UCUGCAUUUAUUUCAUGCUCUCUCCCUCCCUCUCCACAAUCCAAUAAAAUUCCUCCUCUCUCCAACUGAACUUCCCUGCUACUUCUAUUUUUUCAUAUUCAAUUGGAUCACUUUCUCUCUCUAGUUGUCCCUCUCCGCACCGCAUUUUUGAAGAGAGUUAACAUUUUCUCACACCUACUGAAAGGGCUAUGAUCAUGAAGAUUGGAAUCUGUCUAUGAAUAUAUCCACACUAUGUUGGGACAUAUUUGGAGCUGAGUAUGUAGCAGUGAAGGUGGCUCACAUUUACGUUGAGUUCGCGUUUGUAGGCCUUUGAGAUAUCAUUGGUGUUGAUUAUCUGCUUAGAGGGAUAUGAUGGAAACUGAAUCUUGCCCUUCACGGGUUUUAUCACCAUUCCGCGAGGAGAGUGGGGAUGAGGAGCUCUCUGUUCUUCCGAGGCAUACAAAGGUUAUUGUGACUGGUAAUAAUAGAACAAAGAGUGUUUUGGUGGGGCUGCAAGGCAUUGUCAAGAAGGCGGUUGGCCUCGGUGGAUGGCAUUGGCUGGUUUUGAAGAAUGGGGUUGAGGUGAAGCUCCAAAGGAAUGCUUUGAGUGUGCUGGAACCUCCAACUGGAAAUGAAGAAGAUGAUGAUUAUGAUUUUGACGAUUCUAGCAGUGGUUCUGAUAUUGCUUCUGGAUUUCAAUUCAGCAAGAUAAACAAACCACAAGCUCGGUAUAGUAGACCAUGGUCUCCAACUCCAUCCAUGAAGUCUGUCAACCGCAAUAGUUGCAGAGAAGUUCAGUUCAAAUGCCAUGCAGCCCAAUUGAGAGUGAAUUUGUCGAAGCUUGGAACUGGAUCCCUGUGGAGAUACUGGCGGAGCUUCCAUCUCGCACAUGUUAGUCGUAACCCUACCAAGGAGCAGCUGGUCAAUGCCAUCCAGCAGCAUUUUUCUUCACAGCAUGUGGAUGAGGUACAAGUGAUUGUGGAUUUUAUCCGCGCGGCCAAGAGAUUACAACCGGUUGGCAUAAAUUGAGUGAGAGAUAUAUGCCUCUUUACCUGUAAUAUAUAUGUAUGUAGUAACUACUCUACUUUUCACCUUUAAUUAACUGCUAAUUUUAGAGAUCAGGUAUGUAUGUGAGUUUUAACUUUACCCUAGUCUCACAACCCUAACCUUUUGUAUCUUCACAAGUGGGCCAAUUACUAUUAUCCUCCACUACUUUCUAAUGUUAGAAUUUACCCCAACAUUUUGGUUUAGGUUUAAAUUUCUAAAUGCUAUAUGCCUGAAGUCAAAGAGAUAUUUUUCUAA